AUGACAGCACCUCAGAAUCCUAUCACCAGAGCUAUUUGGGACGGUGCUCUUCCAAUAAAAUUUUCUCUUGACGCUGGGGAAGCUGACGCAGCGGGCGCAAAUACAAUAAUAGAACCAUAUUUUAUAGAGGCUCCACGGUGUUCAUAUUUCCCGUUGUUAACCAGUCAAAUAAGAAAAUACUUUACUGAUUUGUCGUUACAAUUCAUUGGAGACGACGCAGAGAUUUGGUAUGAUGUGGACGGGACGCCGUUGAAGUGGCAUUAUCCAAUAGGGCUGUUGUUUGAUCUGCACACUGGCUAUAGACCUGACUCUAAUAGUCCACCACCUUUACCAUGGCCUGUAACCGUACACUUUAAAAACUUUCCUGCAGAUAAACUAAUCCGUGCACAGGCUAUCGAUGCUACACAGGAUUUCUUCAUGUCGAUGAUCAAAGAAGCGGAUUUUCUAAGGAAUGGCAGCACAAAGAAAGUAAUGAACCUGUCAAAGAAUGAUCAAUUUAUUGAAGAUAGCCUUCUCUCUCGUAAGAUGUUACAAUACCUUAACCAGGCCAUUCUUACGUAUCAAUGCACAGGAGACUACGAUCGCUUCUGGAGUAUAAAUUAUCGUCUUGUUAUGAAUGAUGGACAGGAACCUAUUUCGCCAUUGAGCGAAGACGGGAAGGUAUUAUCGUUGGGUGCUGUGCUUCAUCGGGUACUCCCAGACUUGUUUCCAUCGCCCACAACAAAUGAUAGUAGCACCGAUGCUGCACCAGUGAUUCAUGGAGUCAUUUCGUCCCUGACGGUACCUAUCGUCGAGGCCUCUCAGAAUUUAUGUUAUCCGGAUAAUUUCUUACAUAUUGUAGUUCUUCUCGGAAAGUAA